AGAGCCUCGGAGCCAUGUUGAAACCCUGUGGAUUUUGUGUGAUUGUUAUCGUGCAGCUGUCUUUGGCAGCAGGAAUGAAUGCUGAUUGGAGUGUUCAGAGGACUCCAUUCAGCUCCAGUCUUAGAAACAGGGCAUAUCUUCAGAUGACUCCACCAAUGUUUGACCUUCUGCACUCUGAGCUUGGAGAUGCUGGAAAGUGGCCGACUGAUCCUUACAGAGACACCAAGUCCAAACAAAUGAGUGCCAUCAAUACUAGUGUAGAUUUGUUUAGGUUUGGUUUAUCUAAGACACAGUGUCAGAGAAUCAAUAAUAGCUGGAAUCCUGCUUUUCAUGCACUUUGUUCCAUCAAUCCAACAGUACCGGCUUGUGUCAGAAGUCUCAUUAUGGAGGCCUUCCCAGUCUGUUUGACUCAUUCAGAUGGCUUUAGAUUCAGCUAUAAUGACACAUUCGAGACAGAAAUGAUGUCUAACCAACAACAUGUGACCCUUAGAGAAGGUGAUACUACGUACAGCCACCAGACUAUAGUUAUUAUGGAAGAGGACCCUGCAGUGAUUAAAUCAGCCACUUACCUGUUUGAGAGAGAUCCUACUGUAUCAACUUUGCUGAGGUACCAGAAGGGGGCACUGCAUAUUCUCAGAGGAAGCCAUUUCCUUUCUACCAGAGACCAUGACAUCAUACUAGUCGGCCAUGGCAGAGGUAGCACCAAUGGGACAGUCCAGCUAGCUGGUUAUGGCCCAGAGGAGCUUGCCAGAGUUGUGUUACAAAUUGAAAGCACCUUUAAUCAUCUUGGCACCAUCAGCCUCAUCAGCUGCAACCUUGGAAAUGACCGCCACUUUAUGUUACAGCUGCUUCAAGCUCUCCGGUCUCUCAGUGUGGAAACAAAGCUGCUCCUACACAACUCCUUCCUGUCUGUUAGCUCUGACGGAGAGAUAAUGACUUGGACUGACAGAGUCUGGAGGUCCCAUGACAACAGCGGAAGAGUCCAUGCUGAACUGGACCAAAGAGGUGGCCUAGUUACGAAAAUGGAACUUGGCUGUGCAGGGCCAGGGUUUCCUGAUUAUAAAGGAAAGGUUUUGUACCGUCAGACAUUGGACUGGCCAAGCCACCCUCAAAUGUUUGUCCCGAUGGAGCUGCGCAAAAAGUACCCUUCUAUUGACUGCCUGGAGGGGCUUACAUGGAGCUUGUUUUUUGAGGAGAAUGAAAAAAGGCGUGCUCCUGAUUAUGUCCCAGACCAUGAUCAAAGACACCUGAAAGCAAUUUGGAUAACAGAGCCAGGACCAGCUGAAGACAGCAUUGUCCUCAAACAUAUUAGUAACAUUCAGGAUCUACUUGUGGAGAUACGAUAUAAUGCCAGGGAGGAAGUUGCAUCAGACCUUCACUAUGUUCUCAAUGAAUGCAUUUACAAAGUACAAAAAAAUCUUAGCGUGAGUCUGGUGGGCAAGUUCAUAAGCACUGACAAUAAAGCUGAAAUUGACAGCUUCCGUCAGAAUUUCAAUGAGCUGCAGGGUGAGUCCUCCCUGCUGGAGUUGAGAGAGGGUCUCAAAGCGUCCAAAUUCAAUGACUUCUGCCGCCAGACCUUCCAGUUUCAGCAGUGCAUCUACAACUGUGAGAGAUGGGGUCGUUACUUCAUGGCAGCAGUGUUCUCAGCAUCUGUGCAAAACUUCAGAACCUUCUCACUUUUCCUCAUGAGUGUCAUAGGUUGUGAAGUAGGCCGCUCCCGGGGGACUGACAGCCCCCUGUGCACAGCGUUUGUUGGAGCUGAGCACCCUAUGAUGACCGAUCAACCCUGGCCUGACCGUCUGCAACGGGGAUUCUAUGGCUGCACUGUUGACAACUACGACCUGGCACCGCAGAACAAACAGCUUUGGUUAGAUCAAGUGGUUGCAAAGGAAAAUGCCCUGUACAUCAAAUCGAAGCAGAUGAUGACCGCCGUCGACCAUGACGAGCAAACAGAGCUGGACAUCUUUGGGAAGGUCAAAGUCAUGAAUAAGUAUGUGUUCUCGUCUUAUCUAGAAUUCUUUCGAGGUACACCUGAGGGAAAGAAACUCAAGAUGGGAUGUACUCAGUCUUUCCAUGAGAAUUUAAAUCCAUAAUGCUGGUCUAAUGUGUAAUAAAUGAUAAUUGCAUCUUCGUUGCAUAGUUGGCUUGAGUAUUCUUCUGUGUGGAAAGGUCUGACACAGAUGUUCUGCUUGAUGCUGAUAUGACACUGCCAUAAAGUUCUGCAUAGUUUACUGCUUCAGCUUACUGGCACGGCUACACAUUUGAUAGUGUUUUAAUAGCUAGAAGAGUGGAAAUUAUCUUGAUAAAAUAGGAAAUAGGGCAAUAAAACAGUUAAAGGUCCAGUGUGUAAUAAUUAGAAGGAAGUACUGGCAAAAAUGGAAUAUAAUAUUCAUGUUUUCAUUUGUGUAUAAUCACCUGCAUGUAAGAAUUGUUGUGUUUUCAUUACCUUAGAAUGAGCUGUUUUUACCGUAGCCCAGAACGGACAAACCAAACACUGGCUCCAGGUAGGGCCUUUUUUUUUUUUCCCAAAUUUUGCAUCCCCCGUAGUUUCUCUUACAGGCUUGGAACAGGGGGGUGAUGACGAGGGGGUUGUUAUCUAAAACUACACCACUAGAUGCCACUUAAUCCAACACAUUGGUCCUUUUAAACCAGCUACUUCACAUUUGUGUGUAAACUAUUUAAACUGUGUGAGACAAUUUGUUCAUUCUUAUUAAAACAAUAAAUGAUUUAACAAAAA